ACUGAAUGUAUCGUUUCUCUUUUCUACCUUUUAUUUUGGCUGUGCCAUUUACGCUCAAUAGCCGUGAGGGAUGCAGACAGCGAUUCUUCAGAAUACGAGUCCGCAGAGGAAAUGACCACCGCGGAAUCUGAUGACUCUGAUACGGACUCAGAGUCGUCUGAUGAUGACGAUGACGAUGAUGAAGAUGAUGAUAGUGAGGACGGCGGUAACAAAGAUGAUACGCCUGUCUCCAAGCUAGCUGCUUCCGUCGUGAGCACCACGCCUGCCAUCGCAAUUGCGCGUGCGCCGAAGCACCGAGCUCCACCACCCAGACCUACAGGAGCGUAUCCGAAAUCAAAUCAUCUCACCACUUCCACGCUUUCCAUGAGUGCCCCCUCAGUACCUGGCAUGCUUCUGAGAAAGCAUUCAGAGAGCGCAUUGCCGUCGCGCCUGGCUGUCCCUACAGAGUCCACAGUAUUGACGCGUCAGCGUUCUGGCAGCCAUUCCGACGUGAUGACCAAAACCCAUCCUCCUCACCCCAGAUUUGCGUCUGAAAACCCAUCGAACGGUACGUCGUAUUCUCGUGGGUCUUUCAGUCGGUCCCCCAGCCCAAUGCUCGGCUCUCCUUCCUGGAGUUCUUCGGUUAGAAUGGAAAUCUCUCAGACGCUGACCGAGAAAGAAAAGAAGAGACAGGAGGCAAUUCACGAACUGAUCACGACGGAGCAAGUGUACCUGUCGUAUUUGUAUCUACUUCGAGAUGAAUUUCAACGGCCCCUGCUGGAUCAAGGGCUCAUCACUCCAGCAGAGAGCCAGGCCAUUUUUAUGGAGUGGUCUAGUCUGCUGGAACUGUCGCAAAGCAUUGUCGAUGAGCUGGUGGAGCGGCAAAGGAGUGAUAAUGGAGUGGUGCUGGCAGUCGGCGAUGUGAUUAACAGCCAUAUUGUGGAGCGGGCAGACUGUUUUAUGCGCUAUUGCGCAAACCACCGCGAUGCCAGUAACCUGCUGACGAGGAGAAUGGCCGAGAGCAGGCUUUUGCAGGACUUUUUGAAUCAAGCGAAAUCGAAGCCGUCUUGCCGAGGGCUUGAUAUUUCUAGUUUCUUGCUGCAACCGCUUCAACGCAUCACCCGAUAUCCUCUUUUGAUCAAGAAGAUUCUCCAAUACACGGAAGAGGAUCACAUCGAUCACCUCCUCUUGUCGGAAGCGCUUACUUCAGCGGAGCAGUUCUUGGAUCGCAUCAACGAAUCGAUCCGUAGCAGCGAAACCAAGCAACAGCUGGAAGAUAUUCAACGCAAGCUGCCCGCGGGUGAGAUGUCUGAGGGAUUGGUGCUGACUUCGGAGACGAAAUAUCUCGGUCGACGACAGAUCCUGUACGAAGGAAACCUUCGAAAGGCCAAGUCCGGCCGAAAGCUCUACGCCUAUCUCUUCAAUGACCUCCUCCUCCUCUUCAUCCCAGGACGAGCCCACUCCACCCUCACCAGAACGCCCUCCUACACUUCGAUCGUGCACCCUCAUAGCUCACACUCCCAAGGAUCUUCGCAAUCCCACUCGGAUUGGGGACAAAACAAUAACAGUCAUGGCUGGUCGCUCUACCAAGCACCGAUUCCGCUGGAAAGGGUCAAAGUCCGACCGGACCAGGGAGAUGAUUUGAAAUUUACGAUCGUUAUUACUACACCUGUCUCUCCAGCAGCCGCUGCGCAGUAUAGUAGUGUACCAGCACACCUGCAGUCCUCGCAGCAGCUGCAACAGAGCCAGGGGUUCUUGCAAGCGCUUGUGCAUGUGAAGGCGAGCUCGGCAAAGGAACGGAGGGGUUGGGUGACGUCGAUGGAGAAGGCGAUUGAGGCGCUGGCGAAGGCACCGAGGGGGUAUGGCAUGAGAACUUCGAUUCGUCCGCCGUUGGCGGAGACUAUUGGCACAAUGACUAUUAGGGUGAACGAGGGGAUUAUUUCGAGUCGUGAAUUUGCGAAAUCGAAAUCUUUUCUGUGCACGAUCUCGCUGGGCGAGCAGCUCUUCACGACCCGGGCGGUUUCAACGGAGCACGCGUUCUUAGGAACGUUCUCGAUCCUUUGGCGGGAGAGUGUUAUUUUCGCGAUGACGGAUCUCAUCCAGGUCUUGAAUGUCAAAGUCAUGUCCAGCAGUCCGUUCUCUCCUGAUGUGCUCCUAGGUAGUGCACAGGUUCCUUUCCAUGCUGUGGUACCAUAUGGAGAACGAGGUACCGAAGUUGUGGCCACCUUGGGUGAUGACAUUCAUGUCAAGUUUUUCAUGUCCUACAAGGCACUUUAAUCACUCGACUGGUUCGAUAUAUAUUCUUUAAUGAAACGAUGAUGAUUUUCUUUCAAUAAAAACCUCCCCAACGGGGGUUUUUUCCGCACAUCCA